AUGAAAAAAAGACAUUUCGGACCUAAAAACUUGAAGGCAUGCAAACGAUGCUUUCAGAGGAAGAUCAAGUGUGUUCGUAAUGGAGACGACCCAUGCUCUUAUUGUCAGAAAAGAAAUUACCACUGUGAAAAACGGUCACUAGUAGAAGUCUAUUAUACUGUCGACGCCAGUGAGCGUCCAACCGUUUCGAGCCAAAAAGCAUUCGAGGUCUUGACGAAUUCAAUUCAUUUCUUCGAAUUCGUUUAUAGAGCACUUCAAGAUUCGACUUCGAAAGAUCUCGGCAGCACAAAACUGCAUGAACUGAACAUCAACGAAAGUUUUGUCGACUAUUCAUUUUUAAAAAGAGACAGUUCAGUACAGGUUUUGGAACCUUCGGCAUUUCCUGACAGAGAGACUGCAUUUGCUCUGUUUGAACAGGCAAAAAGAACUAUUGCAUUUGAUACCCAAGUGAUGCUCCAUGAAUCCACAGCCAGAUUCAUAUCAGAGGUAUAUGAACAAGGGUGUAUCGUCGAUAUCAGCAAUCAUCAGGUCAGAAUAGAAGUUUUACGUCUUUUUGCAUUGUUUGCCAUAGGACGGCUGCAUACGAGUGGUGAUGUCGUCCCAGAAGAGUAUCCUGGGCUGAAAUUCUUCAGAAUAGCACUCAGUUUGAUGAACGAUUUCUAUGAUGCUCCUUCCAUUUCCUACAUUGAAUGUCUAGUUCUGAUUAUCCUAUAUCUCGUUGGUUUGAAUAAGUUGAAUCAUGCUUAUAUUCAUUCUGGUACUGCGCUAAGACUCUCCAUGCUACUCAGGUUGGAUAAGCCACAAGUAAAGGGAGGUGUGAAGUUGAGUGAACUAACUAAAGAGCGCCGACGCAGGCUCUGGUGCUCGGUUAAAAACCUUGAUUUCUAUUUGUCCUGGUGUCUUGGAUGCUCAUCAAUGAUCAAAUCACAGUCGCCAAUUGACUAUCCUAACGACAACAUUUACGAAAAUGAACUUGCGACCGGAUUUUUUAUUAGAGAAAGAAUAAAAUUAACGGAGCUUAAGGACCAAAUAUUAACAUCAGUUCUUGAUCCUGAUAAUUCACAUGUUUCUAGGUUUUUUGAGAGUUUCAAUGAAAGAUCACAGGCAAUCAAUACUGCGGUGUCUCGGCUAUCUCAUGUUUUUGACACGGCACUAUUUCACAAGGUGCUGUUUGGACUCGUUUUCAGAUUAAAUGAAUGCAUAAUUCUAGCUACUAUUCCUGAAUUUUUGCAAGAGCUCAAGCCUGAGAAGCUCAAAUUGCUUCCUGCUCGGAAACCUUUGAAUUUAUCCAAGACAUGUGUCAUGGCGGCAAUUUCAAACCUACGUAUCUACGAGUGCCUUUUCCGAAGCAACAACAUUUCAAUUUUUGGAUUUGUUGAUACUAAUUUUCUGUUUCUAUCUUCAAUCGUUCUUCUUCUUGCACGCUACCUUACAGUCGAAAGAGUUGAAUUCCAGCAGGUUGAAAAAUCCUGGCAAGACUGUAUGUUGCUCUUUGAUGAAUUGACAAAAAUCGGGAAUCUGGUCGCAAACGAAUAUCUCAAUAAGAUUGUUCAUCUUCGCGAUCUUUUAUCAAUUUUGGAAGAUCACAUUAAGCCAAUGGAGGACUUGAGCCUGACCCAUAAUCAACAUCCAGAUCAUCAGAAUCAUGAAUUUAGCAAACAAGAGCUGGUACAUUUCAACAUUGUAGAAACUCUGAUCAGCUGGAAUCUCUGA